AGGACAUGUUAGGAUAUAAUUCUCUUCAUAAGACAUAGAGGAUUCUCAAAUUAGGAUCAUAUGACAACUCUUAUUGAUUCUUCUUUGAUCUAUACCUACUAAUCUUUUGGAAUUCUAUCGUAUUUACUAUUUAGAUAUAAAAUUUAAAAGCGGAGAAAUCGUCAUAUCGCGGAGCAAUUUUAGGAACUAUUUUCUCAACCUCUUUCCCGGUGGCCGCCAUCUUGGUUGAGUUGUAAAAGGAUAGUUUACGUUCUGAGUAGCAGUUUUGACAUAAAACUCCCUCCGAUCUAAUAACAAGGCAUUUAGAAGGAGGCUGAAAAGCCUAAAGAAACCAAAAUGACGACGCAAAUACUCCCGAUCCGGUUCCAAGAGCACAUCCAGUUACAAAAUGUCGGAAUCAAUGCUGCAAACAUUGGGUUCAGUAACCUCACCAUGGAGUCAGAUAAAUACAUCUGUGUGCGUGAGAAAGUUGGUGACACUGCUCAGGUUGUCAUCAUUGACCUCAACGACACAGCUAACCCAAUCAGACGCCCAAUCUCUGCAGAUUCAGCCAUCAUGAACCCUACCAGCAAAGUUAUUGCUCUAAAAGCUGGAAAAACACUACAGAUCUUCAACAUUGAGAUGAAGAGCAAAAUGAAGGCUCACACAAUGACUGAUGAUGUCAUAUACUGGCGCUGGAUCAAUGUCAACACAGUUGCCAUGUCAACAGAGACCGCUGUCUACCAUUGGGGCAUGGAAGGUGACUCACAACCUGUGAAGAUGUUUGAUCGCCAUGCCAGUUUAGCUGGAUGCCAGAUUAUAAACUACAGAACUGAUGCCAACAUGAACUGGCUGUUACUCAUUGGCAUCUCUGCACAGCAAAACCGUGUGGUAGGUGCAAUGCAACUAUACUCAGUGGAGCGUAAAGUCUCUCAGCCAAUAGAAGGUCAUGCUGCAGCCUUCGCUCAGUUCAAAUUAGAGGGCAAUGCCACAGAGUCAACUCUCUUCAGUUUCGCAGUAAGAGGUACUCAAGGUGGAAAGCUCCACAUCAUUGAAGUUGGUACUCCAGCCACUGGUAAUCAGCCAUUCACAAAGAAAGCUGUAGAUGUCUUCUUCCCCCCUGAAGCACAGAAUGACUUCCCUGUAGCCAUGCAGAUAAGCCACAAACACCAUGUUAUAUUCCUGAUCACCAAGUAUGGCUACAUCCACAUGUAUGACUUAGAGAGUGGUGUCUGUAUAUACAUGAACAGAAUCAGUGGAGACACAAUCUUCGUCACAGCCGCACAUGAACCUAGUUCUGGAAUCAUUGGUGUCAAUAGAAAGGGACAGGUCCUCUCCGUGUGCGUAGAAGAGGACAACAUAGUACAAUAUAUUACAAAUACACUACAGAAUCCAGACCUUGCAUUACGUAUUGCUUCACGGAACAAUCUCCCAGGAGCUGAAGAUUUAUUUGUACGUAAAUUCAACACGCUCUUCCAGAAUGGAAAUUACAGUGAUGCAGCCAAGGCUGCUGCUGGGGCACCAAAGGGUAUUCUCCGAACUCCUCAGACCAUCCAGAGAUUCCAGCAAGUCCCUACCCAGCCAGGCCAGACUUCUCCACUACUUCAAUACUUUGGUAUUCUGUUAGAUCAGGGCCAGCUUAACAAAUACGAGUCCCUAGAGCUUUGUAGACCUGUACUGCAGCAAGGCAGAAAACAAUUAUUAGAGAAAUGGCUGAAAGAAGAUAAGCUUGAAUGCAGUGAAGAAUUGGGUGACAUUGUGAAAACAGCAGACCCAACCCUAGCCUUGUCUGUCUACCUCCGUGCAAAUGUCCCUAACAAAGUUAUCAUGUGCUUCGCUGAAACUGGACAAUUCCAGAAAAUUGUACUCUACGCCAAGAAAGUUGGCUAUACACCGGACUAUAUUUUCUUGCUCCGGAAUAUCAUGCGUCUUAAUCCUGAGCAGGGGACACAGUUUGCCCAGAUGUUGGUACAAGAUGAUGAGCCUCUGGCUGAUAUCAACCAAAUAGUGGAUGUAUUCAUGGAGUCCAACAUGGUGCAGCAAUGUACAUCAUUCCUGUUAGAUGCCUUGAAGAACAACAGGCCAGCAGAAGGUCCCCUACAGACCAGACUGCUAGAAAUGAAUCUAAUGUCUGCCCCACAGGUUGCAGAUGCUAUAUUAGGAAACCAGAUGUUCACUCACUAUGACAGAGCCCACGUUGCCCAGCUUUGUGAGAAAGCAGGCCUCCUCCAGAGGGCACUUGAACACUAUACUGACCUCUAUGAUAUCAAACGCGCCGUUGUUCAUACUCAUUUGCUCAACCCUGAGUGGUUGGUGAACUACUUUGGCUCCCUGUCAGUAGAAGACUCCCUUGAGUGUGUCAAGGUUAUGCUCCAGGCCAAUAUUAGACAGAAUCUACAAGUCUGUGUGCAGAUAGCCACUAAAUACCACGAACAACUAGGAACAAAUGCUCUCAUUGAGAUAUUUGAGUCUUUCAAGAGUUUCGAAGGGCUUUUCUACUUCCUUGGAUCGAUUGUAAACUUUAGCCAGGAUCCCGAUGUCCACUUCAAAUACAUCCAGGCAGCUUGCAAGACUGGACAGAUUAAAGAAACAGAAAGAAUCUGCCGUGAGAGUAACUGUUACGAUCCUGAGCGUGUCAAGAACUUCCUGAAGGAGGCCAAACUAACCGAUCAACUGCCAUUGAUCAUCGUGUGCGAUAGGUUUGACUUUGUGCAUGAUUUGGUGCUGUACCUAUACAGAAACAACCUGCAGAAGUACAUAGAAAUAUAUGUGCAAAAGGUGAACCCGUCUCGUCUCCCUGUUGUGAUUGGUGGACUUUUGGAUGUUGAUUGCGCAGAGGAUAUCAUCAAGCAACUUAUCCUAGUGGUCCGUGGACAGUUCUCAACUGAUGAGCUUGUGGAAGAAGUUGAGAAGAGAAACAGGUUAAAAUUGUUGUUACCAUGGUUGGAGACCCGUAUCCAUGAAGGUCAACAGGAGCCCGCUACCCAUAAUGCAUUGGCCAAGAUAUACAUCGACAGCAAUAACAACCCAGAAAGAUUCCUCCGGGAAAACCAGUUCUAUGAUAGUAAGAUUGUGGGUAAAUACUGUGAAAAACGUGACCCUCAUCUAGCAUGUGUCGCCUAUGAGCGUGGCCAGUGUGACCAUGAGCUGAUUAAGGUGUGCAAUGAGAACUCCCUGUUCAAGAGUGAAUCCCGCUACUUAGUGAAAAGACGUGACCCUGACCUCUGGGCUAUAGUUUUACAGGAGGAUAAUGAAUUCAGGAGACCAUUGAUAGAUCAAGUUGUGCAAACUGCCCUGUCAGAGACCCAAGAUCCAGAAGACAUAUCUGUGACAGUAAAAGCCUUCAUGACAGCUGACCUGCCUAAUGAACUCAUUGAACUCUUGGAGAAGAUUGUAUUGGAAAGUUCAGUAUUUAGUGACCAUAGAAAUCUACAGAAUCUGUUGAUUCUUACCGCAAUUAAAGCUGACCGCACCAGAGUCAUGGAGUACAUCAACCGUCUCGACAACUAUGAUGCUCCAGAUAUCGCCAAUAUUGCAAUUGGAAGUGAACUCUAUGAAGAAGCUUUCGCCAUUUUCAAAAAGUUUGAAGUCAAUGCCUCUGCCAUUCAGGUCCUCAUUGAGCAUGUGAACAACUUGGACAGAGCUUACGAGUUUGCCGAGCGCUGCAACGAGCCAGCAGUGUGGAGUCAGUUAGCAAGAGCCCAGCUGAAUGCUAACAUGGUGAAGGAGGCUAUAGACUCCUACAUAAAGGCCGAUGACCCCUCACAAUACAUGGAAGUCUGCGAUGUUGCCGCUAAGAAUGACAACUGGGAAGACAUGGUGAAAUAUCUGCAAAUGGCACGCAAGAAGGCCAGAGAAACCUUUAUUGAAACAGAGCUGGUCUUUGCUUAUGCUAAAACUAACCGACUUGCUGAUCUUGAGGAAUUCAUUUCUGGACCGAAUCACGCCAAUAUCACACAGAUUGCAGACCGCUGUUUUGAUGCACAAAUGUACGAGCCAGCAAAGCUGUUGUAUAACAACGUCUCAAACUUUGCCCGCCUCGCCAUCACCCUAGUCAAGCUGGGAGAGUACCAAGGAGCCGUCGACAGUGCAAGGAAAGCUAAUAGCACCAGGACCUGGAAAGAGGUUUGCUUCUCUUGUGUUGACUUUGAAGAGUUCCGCUUGGCCCAGAUGUGUGGUCUUCAUAUUGUAGUACAUGCUGAUGAACUGGAGGAGCUUAUCAACUAUUACCAGGAUAGAGGAUACUUUGAAGAACUUAUUUCACUUCUAGAAGCAGCAUUAGGUUUAGAACGUGCUCAUAUGGGAAUGUUCACUGAACUAGCUAUUCUAUAUUCCAAAUACAAACCUCAGAAAAUGAGAGAGCAUCUAGAACUAUUCUGGUCUAGGGUAAACAUUCCAAAAGUCCUCCGAGCUGCCGAAUCUGCCCACCUCUGGUCAGAACUUGUAUUCCUCUAUGAUAAAUACGAAGAGUACGACAAUGCUAUUCUUACUAUGACCGCACAUCCAUCCGAGGCGUGGAAAGAAAACCAUUUUAAGGACAUUAUAACCAAAGUAGCCAAUAUAGAGUUGUACUACAAGGCUAUCAAUUUCUACCUAGAUUUCAAACCUCUGUUAGUUAAUGAUUUGUUAUUGGUACUCACGCCACGUUUGGAUCAUACCCGUGCCGUUUCCUUCUUCCUGAAGGCCGGCCACAUCGCCCUCGUGAAGCCCUACCUGAGGUCAGUGCAGAACAACAACAAUAAAGCCAUUAAUGAAGCUCUGAACAAUUUAUUAAUUGACGAAGAGGACUACCAGGGUCUCCGUGCAUCCAUCGACGCUUUCGAUAACUUUGAUAAUAUCUCGCUGGCACAGAGGUUAGAAAAGCAUGAGCUGAUUGAAUUCCGACGUAUCGCAGCAUAUCUUUACAAAGGAAACAAUCGCUGGAAGCAGUCAGUUGACCUGUGCAAGAAAGAUAAAUUAUACAAGGAUGCUAUGCAGUACGCAAGUGAAUCACGCAACACAGACAUUGCAGAGGAUCUCCUGGCCUGGUUCCUGGAUCAGGGUCUCAAAGAAUGCUUCUCUGCAUGUGUGUUCCAAUGUUACGAUUUACUCCGCCCAGAUGUCAUAUUGGAGCUGGCCUGGAGACACAAUAUCAUGGACUUUGCCAUGCCUUUCAUGAUCCAAGUACUCAGAGAAUACACUCAAAAGGUUGACAAGUUAGAGCAAGUAGAGGCUGUGAGAUCAGAAGAGGCAGAGACAGCAGAGAACACUCCUCUUGUACUAGGUGAGCCUCAGCUAAUGUUGACACAAGGUCCUGGUAUGAUGCCCGGCCAGAUGCCACCUGGCAUGCCCCAACAGCAACAGUAUGGUGCCCCACAGCCUGGUUACCCUGGAGGCCCAAUGCCAGGGAUGGGUUAUGGCAUGUAGGAGAAACCCUAACACCAUAAAAGAAUAUACAUAUAUAAAUAAAAUAUUGAACGAUUAGUCGGUGUCAUAAUUUAGAACAAUUACGAUUUGGUAAGAGAUUCAUAGGAUUGUCACGUCAGGACAAACUGAAAUGGAAAAAAUCACGGAAAUUGUAAAUGAAUGUUAGGUAUAAUGGAGAAUUGACGAAAGGAGGUUAAGAAAAUAUGCGAAAAACGUAUGGAAAACCUACAGCAGGGGAACCAAUAGAACAAUAGAUAUAAUUUAUAGAAAAGGGUGAAAAGUGUAUAGUGUUCAGAUUCUGUAGUCUUCAGGCCCAGAUUUAGGCUAUGUGCAAAUGCAACCAAGAUUUGAACUCAUAGCUUUAAUGUUAAACUCAAAUCUCAGAUUUUGCUUAAAAGUACAUUUACAGGGUCUCCGGGAUAUUUUUUAUACAUCCUGUGUAUGGAUUCCAUUCUGAUUUUGAAUGUUAUUUCAUUAUCACUCAUCAUAAUGUACAAGGCAACAGUAUAAUAGUAAUUCCAUCCCAGAUUGUGUUGUUUGAGUUUAACAUUAGAGUUGUGUAUUAUAUGUGAUAUAGAACUAGGUUAGAGAGAGUUACAAUAUCAUCAAGGGUCUCAAAAGUACUGGUUCUCAAAAGUACCAGUUCUCAAAAGUACCGGUUAGGAAAUAAAGUACUCAAAAGUUUAUUCAUACAUUCAUAUGGCCAGAAAGUUUAUGAAUUAUAAAUGUAAUUUUCAUUCAUAUAAGUUCGAAGUGAGGGUGUUAUUUUGAUUAAAGUUGCU